UCCGCCGUCUUCACUGAUCUGAACGUCUGGCAAGCUCCUCCCCUUCCCUUCUAGGCCGGUCAUGUGACAAUGAUGUCACGUCUCACUUAGUCCUCCCUAGUGUGGCAUGCUCUGGGUCACCCCUGGCAGGCUGGAGGUUAGAGGGUGUUGAGGAUGACAGCAAGGGGCACUGCCAGCCGCUUCCUGCAGAGUGUGCUGCACAAUGGAGUGGGGAGAUAUGUGUGCCAGCUCAAGAGGCUCACCCUGAUCUUCAGUAAGGACGCGCAGCCCUCCCGGGGAGCCAGAGAGUUUAUUGAAGAGAAAGUAGUUGACUUUGCUAAGCAGAAUCCUGGUGUUGUUGUGUAUAUCAGCCCCAAGCCAUGCAGAGUACCCAAAGUGGUGGGAGAAUAUUUGAAUGGACACAUAAGAGAAGUAGAAAUCAACAGCAAGACUGCUGAAGAAAUAGCAGAGCUUAUACAGAAAAUGGCCCGCCAGUCUGGUCUGGAUAUCAUCCGUAUUCGCAAACCUUAUCACACUGACAACCCGAGCAUUCAGGGACAGUGGCACCCAUUCACCAACAAGUCAACCUGUAUUAAUGUACAGUCUUUUGAUGCUGUCAGCAAACAGACGGGAUCUCCAUGAAAGUCUAAAUUCCAGAAUGUGGUGCUUUCUACUAGAUAAAUUGCAGUCUAUAAGACUCACUUCUUAGUGCACUUAUUUACAGUAAUUUAAGUCUGGAGAUUUAUGAUCAACUUCCUUGUAUAAUAGAUGGAAAAUGUUUGAAUUAAAUUGCUUUUGAUAAAUAAAUAUUUUGUUAUAUUAAUGUUAA